UUGUAAACAUUCAGAGGCUGCCAGGCUGUGUUCUCACCUCUGUCCAGCAGGGGGCGAUCCUGCGCAUGCGCGUCUAGCACUAGCCACCACCAAAAAAUAAAACCGACGAAGAAGAAGCCGCAGAAGAGGCGCGCGCUUCGUCAGUUAGAUUUGAAUCCCUCGCGACUGUAGGUGAACUUAAAACCGUGAAACACAGCAACAGUAAGGAGAACACACAGCUGCCGGUGUCUUCGCGAUGGCUCAGGGUCAUAAGUUUCAGGACCUGGAGGAGACCGGCGAGGUGCUCGUCGCCUUCAUCAACAGCACGCCAGCGGAGAAGCUGAAACGAGUGAAGGACGAACAUCAGGCGCUUUUCAAUCAACACGUGGAAACAAAGAAGAUCGUGAGACGAUUAAAAAGGUAAUGACGUUUAGCGACUGUUGUUGUUAUCAAUGUGGCUCAGAUCGAGGAGACAACCGGCCAGAGGCUGCUCGACAUGGAGGAGGCGAAGAAGCAGAGAGAGGACGAGCUGUCGAAUGUGGAGGAACAUCUGCGGCAGUGCAGGCCAAGAGCCAGUGACGACUCUGAACUACAGUUUCUGCAGAGAGAGUUGAGAGAGUGGAGAAACUCCGCCGAGCUUCAGACUCUUCAGAACGAGGUGGACGAAGACACGACGGAGGUCAUCCCAUCAGCCGUGUGAGUGGCUCAGGUUUAUUACGUGAUAUCGAAGAUCAAGUGGGAAUAUGACACACAGCCCAACGUCUUGAAAGGAGUUCAUUACGGCGCCGACCUCGCCACCCAUCAGCAUCGACACUUUCAGCGAUCCCGCAGCGACGUAAGCGACCAGCUGUGGAGCUUCGUCAGCACCGAAUGGUAG